AUGACAUGGGCAAUGACAGAACUUGCUAGAAACCCUAGAGUGAUGAAGAAAGUUCAGUCUGAAAUAAGAAACCAAAUAGGUAACAAAUCCAUGAUUAGCUUGGAUGACACGGAUCAGCUAAGUUACCUGAAAAUGGUGAUCAAAGAAACAUGGAGACUACAUCCUCCAGUACCUCUUCUGUCCCCAAGAGAAAUAGUGUCUGAAUUUGAGAUCAACGGCUAUACGAUUCAACCCAAGACACGGCUUCAUGUGAAUGUUUGGGCUAUCGGGCGUGAUCCUGAUACCUGGAAAGACCCAAAAGAGUUUCUUCCCGAGAGGUUUAUGGAUAAUGAAAUUGAUGCUAAAGGACAGAACUUUGAGCUGUUACCAUUUGGGGGUGGACGGAGAAUAUGUCCUGCCAUUUACAUGGGGACAACAAUGGUGGAGUGUGGUCUUGCAAAUAUGCUGUAUAAUUUUGAUUGGAAGUUACCAGAAGGCAUGGUGGUUGAAGAUAUCGACAUGGAAGAAUGUCCUGGACUUACUGUGAGCAAGAAAAGUGAGCUUCUACUUGUUCCUGUGAAGUACUUAGAUCAUUGA